AUUAAAAAAAAAGGAAAGUAAGUUUGUGUGCGGUCGUCCCGUCCGUCAGCGUGACGGCAGCAACGACUCGAAAACAUGGCAAUGGCGGCACUUUCUUCACCCUUCGCUCUCUCCAACUCUCAUUACUAUAACAACAGGAACUACACAUUCAAAGCCUCUUAUUUGAAACAAAGAACUACAUUACUCCCCGUUCUCCAUCAUCGUGAUCGCACUUUCAGGAUCCGAUGCACCAGCGACACCGGCGCUGCAUUGUUGUUGAAUUUCGAAGCGGUUAUGAAGGAAUGCAAUGCUCGUGGUGUCCAGCUUCCUCUGGAUAUGGUGGACGCCGCCAAGAUCACCGGCAUUCGCCAACUCUUCCUUCAUCGUUACUUCCAACUACAGGAUUCGAAUCUGGUAAUGUCGUUUCUUAUGAAGCACAUUCCUAUGCUUAGAACCAGAAUGUUAGCUGAUCCUUCUUUUCUAUUUAAACUUGGAACAGAGGUUUUUAUAGACAUCUUAUGUACUUUGGUUGCGGAAUAUCUCCAAAGACGUGAGGAUUUCUGGAAUGAGAUUCAUCUGGUCAUUGGUGAUAUUGUGGUUGGAAUUAUACCUCUGGUUAUUGUGGUGACCAAUUUAUCACCCAUAGCUAGAUUUGGAAACUAUUCUUAUGACUCCCAAGGUUUGCUUGGAGGCAUUCAGCAUACUAUUGCAUCUCUUCCUGGCAGUGUAUUCGAAGCUGAAAGGCCAGGAUGUAAAUUCACUCUGAAGCAGCGCAUUGCCACAUACUUCAUCAAGGGUGCAUUGCAAGGAAUCAUGGCCUUUUUAAGUGCUCUUAUUGGUCAAGGAUUUUUAAAUGUUAUAAUGAUGAAUUCCAAAAGACACAAGCCCUGUCUCAAGAAAACUGCUGUUCUUUGGGGGAUCUUUGCAGCUGUGUCAUCUAACACUCGUUAUCAAAUCAUUAAUGGAUUGGAACUCCUUUUUGAAGCAUCUGUUAUUGGAAAAAACCCAAACAUUGCAAAGUUCUUCUCUUUCAUUGUGAGAUUUAUUAACAACAUCAUUGGUGGUAUGCAGUUUGUAGAAUGGGCCAAAUGGAGUGGUGUACAUUGAGUGACCCCUUAACCAUAAUUAUCUAUACUUAACAUUUGCACCUUUUUUUGCCUUUCAUCUAAGGUUGGCUAAAAAUUAAAAAGGAUUAGCUAAUUUGUGUCCUUAGUAAUAGAAAAUUUUAUGCUUUACUUCAAUAAAUGCACAACAAAUAUAUUGAGAAUUUAAAUUUUGCAUAAUUUUCUAUAAAGAUUUUUUUAAUUUGUAAGGGCACAUGUUAGCUAAACCCUUUUUUUGUUCACGUGCUUCAUAGUUCACAAAAUUGGGCAUGGUCUAGGGUUAUCAAAUUCAUAUGUCUAGGUUAUCAAUCUAAGUAUGGAAAAUGUAAGAUUGGUUUACAAUCAUUUAGGCCACUAAGUCCUUUUGUUUCUUUUUAUUUUGUUAAGAAUUCCAUUUUGUUAGCUCAGUGCUCAGUUACAUACUUUUAGGAGAAAACUAGUUGAUGGUUAAUAACAAUAUAACAUUA